GGCCAGGAUGUUUUGGACCUGGGUUGUGUGGGCCUUGCCCGUCGUCGCGUUAAUCCUCCUCACCGGAUAAUCAUUGUCUGGCUCUGAAUUCUGCGGGAAUCGGAAUCGGAAGAAGAAGUGGAGCGGGAAUAGGAGUUGAUCUCCGACAAAGAUGUCGUCGUCGUUGGGAUCCCCAAAGAAGCGGCUGAAAUUGGAAGCGGAAGAUGACGAAGAGAUCGUUUAUUGCGGGAUUUGCUAUGGCGAGCGUGGGGUUGCGAUCGCCGGGGAAAUCGAUUGCUGCAACCACUACUUCUGCUUCGUUUGCAUCAUGGAAUGGGCGAAGCACGAAUCUCGAUGCCCACUUUGUCGCCAGAGAUUCUCCAACGUCCGCAGGCUCCCUAUGCAUGGCGUCUUUUCCUCCUCGAGGGACGUUAAGGUCCCUCUUCGUGACCAGGUUUAUCAUCCAUAUGGAAAUAUGGCAACUGGUCCUGUUGAUCCCUAUGCUGAAUCCAAAUGUUGUAUCUGUCAUACUGGGACAGAUGAAAAUCUUCUACUACUUUGUGAUCUUUGUGACACUGCUUCACACACAUUCUGUGUUGGCCUAGGCUAUACUGUUCCCGAAGGUGACUGGUUUUGUCAUGAUUGUGCUAUUUUGCGGAAGGCCAAUACAAAUGAAGAAUCAGACCAACAAAAUGUUGUGCCAGCAGCUGAGUCAAGUGUAACAAUCUUUGAUAUUGUCAGAGAAACAGGCAACCAGGUGGUUAGAAGACCAAGGGCAUCUCCUUUACAAUAUAACCAGUCAUCUCCUUCUGUUAUUCCUUUACGUGAUAGGAUGAGUAGAUUCAAAGGUAAAAAUCCUGUCUUAGAUGUCCAUAACGCGCAGCAUAAUGUACAGGCACUUCGCGACAAUUGGAAUGCUUUGAGAGGUGGUUCAUUACAGUUUCAUUGCAAUUCAUUUCAACCCGGAAGCACAGUUAGUCAAGAAAAAUAUUGUAGUUCACUAUCACUUGUCAAAUUAAAUGAUUCACAUUCUAUGGCUUCCACGAGCCUUCAACAAUCCACUGUCCAAGGUGGUCCCUCUAGCAACAUGGUGAAUGAGACAUGCUUUAAAGAUGCUGACAAGGCCUGGAAAAUGAUGGACAAGGCAAAGAAGAUUCAACAGACUCGUCACAGAGCUAGCAGCAUUCCACCGGGAGCAGCAGAUAAACCCUCAUGCAGUGGAGGAACAAGGAAAAUAUCAUUUGCACCUUGUAAUUACCCAGAAUUGAAAAAUCAACAUUCCAAAGCAUUAGAUGUAAGGAACACUAAAAUGGAAAAUCACAGGUCUCUGAAAUUUGAAGAGAAAAAGAGAAGUAGGGAUACAUGUGAGGAGAUGACACAACAUGUGAGAGACCGUACCCCUCAUUCAGAAGGAUACCGUGAAUGCCCAUUGCCCAGAAAGGGCCAUACUAAUAUCCAGUGUGUUCCCUGUCAUGAAGAUGGAGAGAAAAAUGUUGCUAAGAAAGACAGCUGGCCUGCUUGCUUGGUAACUUCACUGGAUUCAGCUCCCUCCCGUUGCAGGUCUGGUAAGGAUGUGGAUCUUGUCCAUGAGGAAAAGAGGUUGACUAAAAGCUCUGGGGAUGGCAACACAAAAAAAAUUGACGAUGCAAAAACCGAGAUUCAGUCUCUUGUUAAACUGAAUUUGAAGUUCCUUACUAGAGAUAAACAUAUUGGUGUCGAAACCUUCAAGGUAGUUGCGAGGCAGGCCACCCAUGCCAUCUUGGCUGCUUGCAGUUCCGAGCAGCAAAAGUCUAAUACAUACUCGUCUAGCUCAAUAUGCAGCCAUGCCGAACACACUCCCCAGUUUCAGAAAUCUACUUUAAUGCCUAAUUCUUGCCGACAAUGCUUUUAUGUCUUUGUAAACAAUGUUGUCAAUUCCAUCAAGUUAGAGAAAGCGGGUUGCGCUUGAUCUACAUUUUUUUUCUGUCGUAAUAGUACACCAUGUAUUUUUAUUAUAGUUAUUGUUCUCAUGCAGCUACUCUCUGUAAAAUAAUAAAUUUGGUUUGCUCUGUAGCUCAGGCAACUGCAUUGUAAAUUUUAUGCCGGUGUUAAGGGAUACCAGUGUUACACUGGCAGCGUAAACAAUUUAUUUUCCACCUCCAGUAAAGGGAGUUGAGAAUAUAAGCUGAAAAUUGGAGUAUUGUUUACUAAUGAUGCUUCUAGAUUGCAGAAUAAUUAUAAUGCAAUACAUGGAAGAAACACUAUUAUUUUGGUCGU